AAAACCUCUGCAUCAACCUCAUAGAUGAAGAACAUAAUUGUGAAGGCAAACGCAGGUACGCUUACAAACUUCGAAGUAUUCGACUUGCUUAACUCAAGAGGUGCAUCAAAUGAUACUACAAGAGUUAUAGGUCCAAUCGCUAAAUCAGAAUACAAGGUAUAUGAUUACUUGAUGGAGACUCCUGCUUGCACACAAACACUAGAGAGCGUUACAAACUUCUCUGAUCAGUGCAAAGAUUUCAAACUUGCUAAAGCUGAGAUUCUCAAUAUCAUCAAUAUCAGGCCAUCUUUUACUGUUCAACUGGCCCCGAUCUUAGAGGAGCCUAGUGAACGGGGAAUCAAUAAAAAGAAACAAGAGGGAAUACUAAAGCUCGUGGAGGCUUUGCUACCGCCUUCUCCUAUAGUGGAAGCUCGUGGAGAAAACGAGGAAGAGGAAACAGAGGAGGGUGAACAAUCAUAACAUGGCAACUGCAGUUUUGAAGACUUUAAUUUUUGAGUUUAUUGUCCUUCUGUUUUCGAUUUGUAUAAGCAUCACUAAACGUUUGUGAGUUUAUGUGAAGUUUACUAAUGCAUACUACAUGGUUUCUUUUUUUUUUGGUAACCUAAUGGUCCAGGCCUCACCGUAGUGGUCCAGGCUAGAGAUCGAACCCUUUAGCAGCACGGACGCACACCCGAAGAUGGGUCAUGGUCGGAUAGCGGUCUUUGGUCUCGGGCACCAGAGCAAGUCCGUAUAUAAAUUCCUUGGUGGCCAACGCGAAUCGAAACCAUGACAUUUUCAUUUCCAUAUAACAAUGUAGGAAAUAUAAGUCAUAUAUGAC